AUAAUAAAGAAAAAACGCACGCAGUCGGUCGCGCGUGUACUGCCCACCCGUACGGGCGCUACACACAGUUCGUUAUCACCAGCGAAGGAGAGCGAGCGCUUUGUUCUGCAUCGCAUCAGUUGGUGCGGUACAAGUGCGGGCUUGCAGCUCCGUUUGUGGGCCGUUGAUAGAAUUUCACAAGUGCGGCUGCGACAGAUUCGACUCAUUCCGCCGAUCAUCGCGGCCGUGCGAGGAACGACGAGCCGCUCGGAGCGUUUAGUGUAAUUGCAUUUGUUAGGCCACCGUUUUUCGCCCAAAUUUUCCUUCCUCUCCCCCUUGCUGAAGUGAAGAAAGUUUGCAAGCCCGCAGGGGGUGGUAAUUCUGCAGCGCAAACGUUUGUGCUGCAGCAAAACACGGCCUCGGAAAAGUCAUCUCGUCACCGUGUGUGUGUGUGUGUGCGCGCUAAAAAUACGUUCCCUUUCUUCCACCUCACCAAAAAGAAAAAAAAAAUUUGUGUGUGUGAGUUUUUUUGGCUUUCAUUGCGCGUACAUUUUCCACUCCGUGAAAGCCGCCUAUGACGGACGGACGCUUUUCCUUCCAAUCGUUGCACCCGCCGCACGAAACAAACCUAACACCACCAACACCAUUAAAAGCGUUUGCAAAUCGCAAAUCGGCCAAAGGAGGAGAAAGAAGGAAAGAAAAACGAGGCCAAAGAAAGUCACACACAUCGUUGGCUGAGUGAGCGGAAAAGCUGGGCCAGAUUCCGGCGACUCCUCCCGCCGACGAGACGAGAUUGGCGAACGAAAUCAAACACUUUUGAAGGUGCCAUUGUGUGUGUGUCUCAGUGUGUGUUUGUGUGCACAAUUUCCACACAUUCGGGAACGCGUCCAGCGGCGGUGUCAGCAACGCAUAGGAGGCGGUGAUGGUGGGAAAACUGUUUGAUAUCGCGCGUCAGAAGCAAAGGGGUUGUUUAGGCAUCAAACGACGCGUCCUUUGAAGCACCGAGGCGACGUGGAAAUUACUCUUGUGUGUGUUUUUCAUAUUUUAUUUCCUUCGUUUUGUUGUCUACAGUCUUCAUUCUUGUCUAAACUCACGUGUGUUAUCAGCGUUUCCGGGAGCUUGAACCCGAGUGUAUGUGAAUAAGCUGGAACAAGAAAAAAACAAAACCAAAAUCAACGCCCUGUGCUACGUAAUCUUGUAGUUUUGAACGCAAUACAAACCCCGCCGUAUAGUAGUGUGUCUGUAUGUGUUUGUUUGUGGCCAGAUCUUGGUGUUCACAGCCUCCCAACAGCCACACAAAGGCCGAUAGAGCGUGUCGUCAAGCAACCCGUGUCAAGGCGGUCUCCGUGACCACUCUCCUCGUUGAUGGACAAGCGACCGUCAGCGAGCCGAACAAAGUAGUCGCUGGUGUGUUCACUUCAAGCUCUCCAGAAGCCAUGUCUAUUUUCAUCCGGCAAACUGCACCAAGCUGCUAGAAAAAGAUUAUUUAUCCGUGAUCAAAAAUAGUUGAAUCUACCCGCCUCCCCCCAUCCGGCAGGCGGCAAACCGAGCAGACGAUGCAAAUGCGCGGGGCCAACGACGCUCUUGCCACGGUGCAGCAUCCCUUCCCGCAGCAGCAGCAGCUGAACCCGUGCGGCACGAGACAACUGCAGCGGACGGAGCCCGGAACCGGUGCGAUGGUAUAAUAGAGUCGCUUACCUUCCAAAAAAAGCGAGAAGCAACCACUCCGAAAAGGGGAGCGAAUCACAUUUAAUAAGACACAGACAAAACGCCAGCCAAGCUCACACACGUCAGAAAGAAGGAACAGGCAGGAAGGAGGGACACAGACAGACCCCCAAGAUGGAUUGGAUUAUCAACGAUGAGCUCGGGCUGACGGUGGGCCAUCUGGUGGGCUGGACGUCGGCCUCGUUCAUGGUCGUCGGCGGCGUCCUGCCGUACAUCCCCCAGUACCGGCAGAUCAAGCAGACGCAGGACCCGGAAGGCUUCUCGCUGCACGUCUGCCUUGCCCUGCUGGUGGCCAACACGCUGCGAAUACUGUUCUGGUUUUCCAGCCGCUACGAGCUGCCGCUGCUGGUGCAGAGCGUGGUGAUGAACCUAACCAUGUUCCUGAUGAUACACCUGUGCGUGAAGGUGCGCCGGAACAAUGCGAUCAUGCGUAUGCGGGAGCGCGUCUUUUCAGAGGCGACAGGAGCGGACGGGAUCGUAACCGAAGCACAGCACGGCAAGAACGGGGACGGUUACGUGCUUAACAUUCGCCGACCGUCAAGCACCAAUCUCACGGCGACGGGCAGCGCCAGCGCUACCGCCACGACAACGGUCACGGCCAAUGCCAACAACACCACCAGCAUCGGUAUCGGAUCGGCCCUGGUAACGCAACCACCGUCGGACGCUGGUGGCGGACAUCAUCCGGGCACGCUGAAGAAAUCGCGAUCGCGCCACUACAUUCUGGAUUUCGAUUCGCGCUACUUCUGGCAGUGGACGGACUUCCAGUCGUACGUCGACUUUAUGCUCCUCGUGUGGGCCAUCGGCGCUGCCAUUACCUAUCUGAUGCUUUCCGUUACCUGGUUCAUGGAAACGAUUGGCUUCCUGGCCGUCUUCACCGAGGCAAUGUUGGGCCUUCCACAGUUUGUAAGGAACUAUAAAAAUAAGUCCACCCACGGGAUGAGCAUCUGCAUGGUGAUCAUGUGGACCGCUGGUGAUAUGUUUAAGACUGGUUACUUUGUUUUAAGACACGCGCCGACCCAGUUCUGGAUCUGCGGCACGCUGCAGGUCAGCCUGGAUCUCGCCAUCCUGCUGCAGGUCUACCUUUAUCGUAAGAAUCCCGCGCCACGCAAUGCGCACCGUGGCGAUUAGCAGUUUGCCCCCCAAAGUAUAACUAUUCA